GCCAGAAGGCACUAGCACCCUCCGAGAGGCAAUUGUGGGAGGGGAUGCGUUACUGGCAGCCGUAGUCUCCAUCUGCCUCACAAAGCUGUUGCUGCUGUCUUCUCCCGAGUAUUUCGCAAGACGCAGGCAGCAGAGACUGGCAGCAGCAGCAGUGACACCUGCAGGCUCAGGAAAUAGAGGAGGAGAGGGCAAGGAAAAUCUUUGCGUUUCAGAAGACUGUCUAAGGAUACCUCCGUGCGGAGUUUUGCAGCAACGCAGCUGCGUUCGCUCGGUGUCUGGACAGACGAGCGACGCAGCCAUACGGUGCAAUCAAGCUCUCAGGACGAUUCUCUGCCUGAUCCGAAUAGCGUCGGUAGACUCAAGCAUACCGUUUCGGCUGCUGCUGCCCGUGACUUCUGGGGAGACUGCGCAAGAACGCCGAGCUUUUGAUGAAGAGGCCUUUUAUGAGGCAUCGGAGGAUGAAGAUGACUGGCAAGAGCAGCAGCAGCCUCAGGCUGAGCAGCAGCAGUCUCAGCAGCAGUCUCAGCAGCAGCUGUACGACUUACAGCCCGAUGUCGCUGUGGCUGUAGGAGAGAAAAGCCCUCUUAGCGAGGCUUCCCUUUUCCAUCAAAGACUUCGCUCCGUGCAGCAACUCACAGGACUUGCGGACGAAGUGUAUGUUGAGGCUUUCCUGCGUCUAAAUCAAUUCGAUUUGUUGCUGGAGCUGCUGGUCGUCAACAGGACCAAUGAGACACUGUACAACGUAAAUGUCGAACUUGCUGCUCAAGGAGAUGUUCGACUGGUAGACAGGCCGGCUGCUUUGACGCUGCCACCUUUCGCGUCUGUUUGUUGUUUUUCUUCUUUAAAACUGAAGAGCGCUGAGGGCGCUGUGUUGUUUGGGGUGGUGUCUCUGGAGAGGAAAGGGAGUCAACACAGCGGGAGACAGUAUAUUUUGCUUGCUGAGCUGUCGCUGGACUGCUUGCCGUUCGUGCAUCCCACGUGGAUCGAGCCGAGCGAGUUUAGAAGAAGGUGGCAAGAGUUCGAAUGGGAAAACAAGCUGCAGGUGUUGACGCCCCCCACGUCAGUGCUGGCGUUCCUGGAGGCUCUGCUGAAGGAGACAAAGAUGACUGUCGUUGGAUCCAAGCCGCCUUCUAGGCAGCCGCACAAGCUGACAGCAGCAGCGGCUGCAGCUGCUGCGGGGGAUGCAACUCUCGAGGAAUUUGAGAUGACACAGCAGUCGUUGCAGCAGAUGAAAGAUCUCCAAAAGCUCGCAAAGGCAUGCUCUGUCUUUUCUGUGAACUUGUAUUCUCGCUCUGUGUUUGGAGAAGACGCGCUGGCGAAUUUGAGUCUGGAAAAGCUGCGAGACGGCAGACUGAGCGGCUCUGUUCGAGUGAGAAGUCGCACGCAGGGUAUAGCGUUGAGCGUUGGUGACAAGAUUACGUCUCUUCAGCGUCGUGCAGCGGCAGAAUGCUGA